GAGCACAUUACUUUGUUAAUACCACUACUGCUGUUUUUACUAAUGAUGCCACUACUACCAAUAAAUAUCAUUAGUAUCAUCAACCGUCGGCAGGAAGCCGAUUGCCUCCAACUAUCCAAUAUCAUCAGAUCAAUGUGCACCGUGAUGGCAAGCUACCUAGAAUGGUGGUCACACUGUAAACCUGACUGAUAGAAUUCAGUCUGCACCAAAGAAAGGACUAGACACAUUACACCAGUUAUUGACUAGUGUCCAAUGAAGACGAGAAAUAUGUUGAACUAUAUACUACAAAGGAAGCUCAAGAAUUUGAUUCCAGAAGUAACGAAAAGUAUUCUGUAUUUAAACUGUAAAGAUUGAAUGAUAUUGUAACAGUAGAGGGAAAGAAAUAAAAGUCAAUGUAUAUUUUCAAGUGAUCAAACCGCUAUACAUAUAUAUUCUCUAAACACUCACUCAAUGUGCUAUUUUGGCUUACAUUAAACGACGUGAAAUAGAAUGUCGUAUUCUGUUGCUAAUACACAUUUGAAAUGUGGGAAAAUGUGAGAUUAAUAUUCAGUUGGAGCAAACUGUCUCUAUCACACCACGAUAAUAUGAAGUAGAACAAGAUAUUAAGGAAGCCUUAGUAACAAGAAUUCCAGUCUGUUACAUAAAAGUGUAUUUUCCAACCUUUAAUAUGCACAACAGUUUUACAGCCUAGGAUUUCUCUCAUAAAGUGACAGCACUUAGAAGAUCGAAUUAAUUGCCAUUAGGAAGCUAGUUCUUUGUCGUUUGAGAUUCACCAGCAAUGGGAACUUCCAGACUGUAAUAUGUUAUUUACAUUUGAGUAAUUUAAGUGUUUAGUUACAGUGAACAACCAUUUACAUCCCUAAAAUAAUUAAAUAUCUAGUUAGAAUGAAAUUCUCCAACUCUCACCCAGUUAAAUCAUCACUUAGUAAACCAGUAUUAAUGUUAACUGAAGGGCAGUAACUUGUUAUAUUUUAUAUUUGUCUGUUUAUCUUUUGCCUUCUCUAACUUUAUUAACUCAGAAUAGUUUUUUAUACUGUAUAUACUUUGUAACUUAUUUCAUCAAGCUAAAAUUGUAUUAUUUAUGAAGGUGUGACACUUUUUAACUUUCCUUGAAAUAGUCAUCAUCGUUUCUCUGCCGUUAAGAUUAUUCAUUGUUCCAGGCUGGAUAUGAAAUGUUCUUAUAUGCCAUUGAGUGAUGGAAUCCUAUCCUUGAGGUUUGAAAAAGUCUACACUGUCAUGUUUUACUUCUUAGAAUGAGUAUGAAUCGACAUCACUCCUAAACAAACAAUCAGUACGCUACAUGCUCUCAACUUUUCUUUGCAAGUGUUCAUAAUAUUGUGCAGUUUGUUGAAGGUUUAUUCCGUGUACAGUAAUAGGAGAACAUAAUCACAAAUUAAAAUAAAUUAUAAGAACUGAAAAUUUAUGACAGAAAGCACUCUGUGUAAAAAAUAUGUACUAUAUAACUGACCACGAUGAAUAUUAUUUUAUUUAUCCUACAGAAAUAGCUAUUAAUCAAUGACAUAAACCGUUGUUUCGAUCAAUUCAAUGCAAAGUUAGGCUACAUUGAAUUAGUAUCCUGACUGAAGCAAACUACGGUGACAGAAAAAUUAUGAGAUACUGAGGGGCAGUAAUUAUGAACUUGUCUAUAUUCUGUAUAUGUCUGUCCUCACCCCCUAUGGAGUUAUUCACCAAAACAAGAUUUGGGUGAGCAAUUGCGAUAACCACAAGUUUUUUUCUAUUGGCUUUUCACCACAAGAUUGUGAUUCCUAGUCAGUCUAUUUAACUUUUAAGUACUGUGCUAUAUUCCUACAUUGCUAUAUAGAUUGGCAUAGACUUCAUGUAAUACUUACGUAACAAAUGACUAACACACAAAUUAAUCAUAUUUAACUACUUAUUGCAAUUGAGUCAGUUGAAAUUUACUAACUCACAAAUGGAAUUUUGCUAAGAUUUUCGUAAAUAUAAAUAGCCGUUGUAUUGAGCUAAGAAUCAGACGAUCUAAUUAUUUCUUUGGUGUGGAAUUUAACUUAAAAAAAUUUAAAUGGAGGAUUAUGCAGGGGAUUCCAAUAAGACCUGGAAAGAUGUAUUUGGAAAAUUAAAUCUAAGCUUCAGGAAACCACACAAACUUCACAAAGACAAACCAAAAGAAAACAAUAGAUACAUUGGACUAUUCACCAAAUCAUUCAGAAAUCGCAAACAAAACAUCAGUGAAGAUUGUGAUUCACUUCAACAGAAAACAGACGAUAGAGAGAAGAAUAAUCAAUUUUGCGCUGACACAAGCAUAACAUUGAAUGACGAGUGUCCUGAUGGUUGUAACAGUAUGUUUUGGACAUCCAGAAAAUCACAGAACAGACUGUAUAGAAGCGUGUAUAUUCCGAAGCACAGAUCCAAUCUUGUUCCAAUCACCCAAGCUUCACGCGGACCUCAGAGAAUAUUGACAAUAAUCAAGCAUGCACAAGAUGAUGUGAAUGCGGACUUGACGAGGAGAUUUGGAACAGUGGAAGUUCGCGACGUGUCUGUGGAACCUAUCAGUCGAAUGAGCCUAUUAAGGAAGACAGAUAGGAGUGUUCAGAUGUCAUUGAGAGGUGAUAAUACCAGAUUCUCCGAGCACGCCAAUGAUGCUUCACCACAAACGUCGUCAGAAUCAUCAUCAGCUUAUGGUUCGGAAGUGAAAACAUCCCCAGAUUCACCGGACUCAACUGAAGGUUCACAAGCCACUGAAAACACACAGACGUGUAGUGCUGAAGUUUUUGACAAAGAACGACAGACUGAAACUCCUCUAAUUUCAAUAUUCAAAUGUAGGAACUACGACACUGAAGAUAUUUGCAAGGAGCUGCAAACACCACCACAUUCACCUCCUGCAUCUCGACGCCAUCCCCCACCUCCACCUCCUCCCCCACCAUCAUCACAACCUAUUAUAUCGCCACCACCACCAACACCACCACCGCCACCUCCACCACCGCCACCUCCACCACCACCACCACCACCUUUUCUUUCACCACGAACAACAACUUUUCUACCGCCUUUAUUCACCGGUUUCAACGAUUCAUCCACACCACCGCCUGAGUCGCCGAUGCCAUACAACAUGAAACCGAAGAAGACAUUCUCGGCUGCAUUCAGAUUGAAGAAGGCUUGCGUAUCUCCGGUGAAAAAAUCUCGCCUGAAAGAGAAUUCUGUCUGGGUACGAAUUGAUGAAAGUGGUUUAUUGAGUGAAGAUUUUGUGAAUCGGUUGCAUCGAAGAUUUCGGAUCAUAAGGAAUGAAAAUAUGAUUACAGAUAAAUCAGAAGCUGAAUGUGGGAGUAAUUCGCCAUCUCUAUUCAGCUCACCGAGCUCAAAGUCCAAUCCAAACUUACGAUUAUCAGACCAGUUAUCACCAAAUUCAUCGAUAGGGAAACCGAUGCGUUCUGCGUCUCAUCGAUUUGCCGCCCGAAAACAGGCGUUAAACCUGAUACCAGCUAAAGCAGCUCAAUCAGUUGCAAUAUGCAUGGCGUCAGCACAUUUAGAUCCCGAAAGUGUGGCUCAAGCAAUUAUGGAAUUAAAAACCACUAUCUCAUCCAGUCGCAAUAAACCACUCUCAGAAGGCUCAAGCAAAGGAAUAGUUCAGAAUAGGACACAAAUCUCGACAAGUACAAUUUCGCGCCAACUGUUUCCCGAACACUUAUUAGAUACACUUAUCAACAGUAUGCCUCAAAUGGACGUCAUAAUGAAUUUAUCAGACUGUCCAGUCGAUGUUUCGAAUCUCGUCGAGUCAGAUAAACUGUGCUGCCUCAUCUCCCAACUUCGUCAUAGACUUCCUGCACAUCUACACGCUUUACGUAUGCUUCUUCAUUACGACAAACAAGCUGACCAAGUCAGGCAGGCUCUUCAUGCUGGAUGUUUGUGUCUUUCUGAGAUUCGACAUUCGAACUCACUUUGCCAAAUUCUGUCCUGUGCGUUGGCUUUGAUCAAUGCCCUAAAUGCUGCUGGACAGUGUUCGACUGCAGACUACAGUCGAUUACCACAUUCAAAUAGCUCGGAUAUCCAUAAAACCCAAGCAUCGAUGAGACGGAAACCGCUCCUUGGCUUUGAAGUUAGAAAUCUAGUCCGACUAGCUGAUACUCGUGACGUGACUAAUCGGAAGAAUUUAAUCCACUAUUUAGCAGAAUUAAUGGAGCUCAACUUUACGAAGGAAGCUCACUUAUGGGCGAAUGAAAUACCUACAUUAGACUCUGCGCAAAGCUUAUACUGUGCUAAAACAAUUGAGGAGACUUUGGUUGAAAUGAAGCGUGACGUUGCUCGCCUGGAAAUAGAUUUACGUGGUAUUGGUGCAGUCCCACAUUGUGUGCAAAAGUCACAUUCAGAUUCUACAUGUGAAGCAAUUAAGGCUAAUAUAUGUUUCGGUUUAGUAAUGGGAAAGUUUCUACCUCAUGCACAAGAAGAGCUCAGAAUACUGGGUGAAUUACACAGGUCAUUUACCAAAAGAUAUAGCGAGGUUGUCGAUUACCUCGUGUUGGACCAUUCAAAAUAUACAGCUACGGAACUAUUUAAUGACUUAAAGACAUUCAGAGAACAAUAUCAGAAAGCCUGUACACUUAAAGAUAACCGUGUUUGAUGUUUUGGUAAAAUAAACAGUUAUUUAUUC